UUCGACCAAGAUUUUACUGAAAAUGUCUAAGUAUACUUACGAUAAGUUUCUUGGUACCGAAGUUGAACCGAUUUUAGAUUAUUUGAGGAGAAGAAGAAGAAUGAAGAGUUCAAACAAAAAUAUGACUCCUGAAGAAUUCGAACAGAAUUAUCCGAAGAAAAAGUGCUUAAUUAGAGGAUGCACAGCAACGUUUUCUUAUCCACAUAGUUUAAUAAAUCAUUUGAAUACUCAGCAUCUGAAUUAUUGUAAACGAAUAACGGAAUCAAAGGAAGCAAGUGCUUCACACCAACCGAUUGCCGGUCCUUCUCAUCAAGAUAUAAUAGAAAGAACAGAUCAGGAAUCGAUAGAAACAACCGAUCAGGAGUCGAUAGAAGCAGCCAAUCAGGAGCCUAUGGAAUCAACCGAUCAGGAGUCGAUAGAAACAACCGAUCAGGAGCCUAUGGAAACAACCGAUCAGGAUCCUAUGGAUGCAUCUGGUAUCCUUCCAUCUCAGCAACAUUCACAAACUUCAACAUAUAAAAGUGAUAAUUCCAUGGUUUCAGAACCAAUAGAUUUUGAAAAAAGUGAAUCCGAUGUGGACGAUGAUGGAUCCGAUGAGGACAAUGAUGAAUCCGAUGAGGACAAUGUUGAAUUAGGUGAAAUUAAUGAAUUUUACGAAAGUUGUUUGAAACCGGACCCAAAACACAAUUCUUAUUUGGUUUCAUCAAUUGGAAAAUUGAAACCAGAUGAACGAGAUUUUUUGAAGCAAUACAUUGCGGAACUAAUGGAAUUUAGACUGAAAAAAUCAAUUCCAAACGCUCAUGCUGAAGGAUUCGGCAAAAUAAUCUCAAGAAAAUUCAUAGAAGCUGAACGUUAUCCGGAACAUAUCAGGGAACAUAUGGCAAAAUAUUCUUCGAGUUGUUAUUUGCAGAAUAAAUUCCUCGAAAUACAAAAUAACUAUCUUAAACCAACACAGAUUUCUCACCCAAGUGGAAUCGAUAUUCAAUAUUUUUCGGUUGAAGGUAUUUUGAGGUCAAUCAUCAAUCAACAUCCAUCAUUGAUUGAUUCAAUCGCUAGAGAAAAAUUACUUGAUUUUCAGCCUGAAUCUCAACGAACAAACAUGCUGAUUAAAUCCGACAUGGACACAACGGACGAAAGAAUUUUUCGAAGACUGCAAGGAAAGCUUCGAGUAGAAAUUUCGUUGGAUGAUUUCUCGUUUGUCGGGAAAAAAGGAAGAAAAUUCGUAGCUGGUUACAUGUCGUGCACGAAUUUACCAUUAAAAGAACGAACAAAACGAGAUAAUAUAUACUUGUUUUUAAUGGCAAGAAGACCGUUUAUUCGAAUAGAAGAAGAGAUGAACAUUAUGUUGACGCCAUUCGUGAAUGAAAUGAAGCAAUUGGAAAAAACUGGUAUACAAUUUCGAAGAUCAAUUAAUAUCGAGGUAACAAUUGGGAAAGUGGUCUGCGACAAUCUUUCGCAUAAUGAAAUUUUGGGCUUUUCAAUGUCAUUCGGUCGAAGCAUCUCAUCAGGCAUCGAAUUCAAUAGGAAAUAG